CGAUGUGGGUCGUGUUGCCGCUGCUGUGCGCGGCCGCGGGGCUCCUGGGACCCCCGGCCUGCGGAGCUACCGACCUCUACGCGAGCUCCUUAGAGAAAGUUCACUUCAAGUCAUGGAUGGUGCAGCACCAAAAGAAAUACAGCUCAGAGGAAUACCACCACAGGCUGCAGACGUUUGUCGGCAACCGGAGGAAGAUAAAUGCCCACAACGCUGGGAACCACACAUUUAAAAUGGGGCUGAACCAGUUUUCGGACAUGAGCUUUGCUGAAAUAAAACGCAAGUAUCUUUGGUCGGAGCCUCAGAAUUGCUCAGCCACCAAAGGUAACUACCUUCGAGGGACUGGUCCCUACCCGCCCUUUGUGGACUGGAGGAAAAAAGGGAAGUUUGUGUCACCAGUGAAAAAUCAGGGCGGCUGCGGCAGCUGCUGGACCUUCUCCACCACGGGGGCCCUGGAGUCCGCCAUCGCCAUCAAAAGUGGGAAGCUGCUGUCUUUGGCAGAACAGCAGCUAGUGGACUGCGCCCAGAACUUCAACAAUCACGGCUGCCAAGGGGGCCUCCCCAGCCAGGCCUUCGAGUACAUCCGCUACAACAAGGGCAUCAUGGGUGAAGACAGCUACCCCUACAAGGGCCAGGACGGUGACUGCAAGUUCCAGCCCAGCAAGGCCAUCGCUUUCGUGAAGGAUGUGGCCAACAUCACCAUCAAUGACGAGGAGGCGAUGGUAGAAGCCGUGGCCCUGUACAACCCUGUGAGCUUCGCCUUCGAGGUCACCAGUGACUUCAUGAUGUACAGGAAAGGUGUCUACUCCAGCACUUCUUGUCAUAAAACUCCGGAUAAAGUCAACCACGCGGUCCUGGCUGUUGGUUAUGGAGAACAAAAUGGGAUACCCUACUGGAUCGUGAAGAACUCUUGGGGUCCCUAUUGGGGGAUGAACGGGUACUUCCUCAUCGAGCGUGGGAAGAACAUGUGCGGCCUGGCAGCCUGCGCCUCCUACCCCAUCCCCCUGGUGUGAG